CGUGUCUUACAUGCUGCAUGUCCAGAGUUACGUCAAAGCAUUAUAAAUCUCGGUUGUGAUUUUUGAAAUAGCCUAUUUUUGAGUGUUUUAUUUCUAACCUCCAAAUUUUUAGAGCACGUUUUUCUUUUCCCUUGGCCAGCAUGCCUAAAUGCUACGUGUGUAGAGCCAAGCCUGGUUCGAUAAAGGUUAUUGAUGAUGCUAAGCAGUGUAAAGGGUGCGGGCAAUAUUACCAUGCGUCAUGUGCAGAUAGAGCUGCAGUAAAUGUGCAAGGUGCAUAUGUACCUUGCUGUGGAAAUGGUAAUAAUACUGGCAAGGUAGUGUCGCAAAAGCUUAAUGCGAGUACUUCUGGUAACAGUACUUCUGUUACCAGAAAACAAGCGAUGAAAGUUAAGGCAACGCCUGCAGAUACUGGCAUUGGAGCAGAUGAAGAAGAUGUGGAGAGUUUGGAUCCUAGCAUUAAAAAACUCUGGGGCUUAAUAAGAGAUAAGUUUAAUCGUUUGGAGAGCAAAGUUGAUGGAUUUUCUGAAUCUAUUGAGUUGGUGAAUGAUAGAAUUGAUGUGAUUGAGAGUCGAAUUGAUAACAUCGAAGAGUCUGUGUCUAAAAUAGACAGUAGUGCCUUAUUCAAUGAGGUUAGUGAGAGAUUCAAGAGAGAGAAGAAUUUUAUCAUAUUUAAUAUGUCUGAUUCCAUAAAUGCGGUGAAAGAAGAUCUAAGCGUAGUGCAGAAUCUGUUCAAUCAGUUUGAUGAUGAACUACCUUUCUCACUUAGUGACAUAAAAGUGGUAAGGUUAGGUAUGAAGUUCGUUGAGGGUAAAGUUAAACCGCUGAAAGUGAUAUUAGGCUGUGCUGAUCAUGUUCACUGGGUUUAUAGGAAUAAGGCAAGAAUUGGUGAUGGGAAACUUGUUAUUAAGAGUGAUAUGACUAAGGCUCAGUUAGAUGAGUUACAAAAAGUCAAGGAUGAGUUGAAGAUUAGAUCUGAGUCUGAAGAAAACUUAUCUAUAAAGUUUAUCAACCAUAUACCCACUAUUGUUGCUGUCAGAGCCAAAACAGAUGAUGAUUCAAGAAAGAAAAAGGAGGAUACAAAUGAUUUAAUACUGCAGAAAGAUAGUUUGAGUGAGGUGGACGAUGAGUAACAAAUUGGGCAUGUCAAUGACUUGAAGAUCUACUAUCAGAAUAUCCACAGC